AUGACGUCAGCCGCAGUCGAGGGGCCGACGCCGACGAGCGCCAGCUCGGCCGAGGGCGUGCUGGCGACGUGUGCGGCGCACGGGCUGACGGCGGCCGAGUUCGGGCGGCUGCGGGAGCGGGCGGUGGCGGCCAAGGGCGCGGCGCACUGCCCGUACAGCGGGUUCCGGGUGGGCGCGGCGGUGCUGUGGGCCAGCACGGGGACGGGGCCCGGGGCGAGCGACGAGGGCGGCGCGGCGGUGACGGCGGGCGCCAACAUCGAGAACGCCAGCUACCCGGUCGGCACGUGUGCCGAGCGCGUCGCCGUGGCCCGCGCCGUCGUCGAGGGCGGCAGGGCGUUUCGCGCCGUCGCCGUCGCCACCGAUGUCAGCCCGCCCGCGAGCCCGUGUGGCAUGUGUCGGCAGUUCAUUCGCGAGUUCUGCAAGCCAGACGUGCCCAUCAUCAUGUUCGACAAGAACCUCGACUACAUCGUCCUCACCCUGGAGCAGCUGCUGCCAAUGUCCUUUGGCCCCGAGGAUCUGCGCCCGUCCGGCGGUGCGCGGGCGUUGGUGUAG